AUGACAAUUCUGCAUGUUACACUGGCGAAGCUCGACGAAUCCCGCCUGCAGGGGACCAGGGAAGAAGCCUACCAACAAAUCCACGGGAUGAUGGCGGACAUUCCUAUCCCCAAGCAAGAGGUCCGGGUCGGGCCCCCAAUCGAUCUCACCAGUACAGGAGGAUAUACCAUCAUGCUGUCUAUCAAGUUCGACAGCUUUGACGACUUCAGAGCCUACCUGAAGCACCCGACACAUAUCAAGAUGUUAAAGAGAUAUGGCCCUGCUUUGCGAGAAAUGAUCGCAUUUCAGAUGGACGGCACGGCCCCUAAGGGCAAGCUCUGA